UUACAUCUGUAACUGCAAACCCUUAUUUUUUACCAGUUACAUCUUUCACCACUCUGCUACCUCACGACGUAAUCUCGACCUGCUUCUUCUCUCAAAGCCCUCGCCACCUCCUGCCUCCGCCGUCCUUGCCGUCGCCGCCUCCAUCCCUUCCGCCUCUGCCUCCGUCCCUGCUGCGCCGCUGCCUCUCUUGUUUUGGGUCGCUUCCUGCACGGUUGUUGCCCUGUUCUCAUUAUCAACCUUCCAUUGUUCCUCAAUCCUCUCCACAAGCAAUUUUCCUCUUCCUCAUAAGGUAGCUUCAAAUCAUUCACUGAAAUCUUCUAUGUGGGGGGCAUGGGGGAAAGUUGCAAAUGACACAGUGGUGGCAAGAAUGUCAAAACUGGUUGAAGAGGCUUCUAGCAGAAAAUCUCAAGCACAGAGAUUCAUAGAUAAUUUUUCAAAUUACUAUAUUCCUGUGGUUGCCUUGAUUUCAGCUAGCAUUGUUGUGGUUCCGGUUGCAUUAGGAGUUCCUGAUAUUGAGCCUUGGUUUCAUCAAGCAAUUGUAGUUUUAUUGAGUGGAUGUCCUUGUGCUCUCAUCCUCUCCACACCUGUUGCAGUCUUUUGUGCUCUCACAAAAGCUGCAAUAAGUGGAUUACUGCUGAAAGGUGGAGAUUAUCUCGAAACACUUUCUGGAAUUAAGACAGUGGCUUUUGAUAAAACGGGAACAAUAACAAGAGGAGAGUUCUCAGUGACAGAUUUUUGUGCUGUAGAUGACAUUAGCAUUGAGACCUUAUUAUACUGGGUUUCAAGUAUUGAGAGUAAAUCAAGUCAUCUAAUGGCAGCUGCACUAGUGGAAUAUGGAUUGUUGCACUCUAUAAAACCAGUCCCUGAAAAUGUGGAGAACUUUCAAAAUUUUCCAGGGGAAGGAAUUUCUGGUACAAUUGAUGAGAUAGAUGUCUAUAUAGGCAAUAGGAGAAUUGCUGUCAGAGCUGGCUGUGAAAGAGUCAAUAGCCACAUGCAAGUUCAAAGUCACGAGACUUCAACCCAAAAACAAUGCUGUGAGCCAACUCUAGUUGGAGUCUUCAGCCUAGUUGAUGCUUGCAGAUCAGGUGCUUUGGAAGCAAUAGAAGAGCUAAACUCAUUAGGUGUGCGAUCAGCCAUGCUGACAGGCGAUAGUGCUCAGGUUGCUAAAUUUGUGCAGAGCCAGUUGAACAAAAUUAUAUUUCGUGGGAUAUCAUUGAGAUUCUGUUUGCACAUUGCAGGUGUUAAAUCAAGAUGAGACACCUUUGUUGUAAAGUCUUGUAUUUGGGGAGGGUGUUGUGAAUGAUGCUACAUCAGUGGUGCUUUUCAAUGCAAUCCAAAGCUUUGACCUCAAUCAAAUUAAUUCUUCAAUUGCUUUGCACUUUUUGGGCAACUUCUUGUAUCUGUUUAUCGCAAGCACAUUGCUUGGGGUUUUGACAGGUCUUCUCAGUGCUGACAUCAUUAAAAAGCUAUACAUUGGCAGG